AGUGCAGGAGCGGGUUGUAAAUGUUCAUAAAUGGCGCUUGCAUUUUCAAGCUUUGCGCGCUCCCUGGGAGUGCGCAGCACCGCGAUCCGGUGCCCACUGUGUCCUCCAGAUACAGUGAAACACCGAUCGCUGUACGGGACCUCUGUGUGAGGUCCCGAUCAUGUGAUCGCGGAUUGGCCAAUCAGUGAUCACAUGAAUAGUAGUAAGCAAGAUGUCACUUCUGACAUCAUUGCUUACUACUUGUGAAAUCUGUGAAUGAUCACAGAGGUCACAUGGUACAGGGCUAUUCACAACAGCCUUGAACCAUGUGACAAGCUGUGACCAAUCACAGCUCUC